AUGGGUUCGAAGGCUAACGCCAUUUCUUAUGGCUCUGCAUUAGUUGUAUCGCUUCUUGUUCUUGUUCUUCUUCAAGAAGCAGAAGGAUGUGAUAUGUUCACGGGGCGGUGGGUGAAGGACGCUUCUUACCCACUUUACGAUCCCUCCACGUGUCCCUUCAUACGGCGCGAGUUCGGCUGCAAGAAAAAUGGACGGCCGGAUCUCGAUUACCCUACUUUCAGAUGGCAGCCUCAGAGCUGCAAAUUAGCAAGGUUCAACGGAGUGGAGUUUUUGGAGAAAAAUAGAGGGAAGAAGAUAAUGUUUGUGGGUGACUCUCUUAGCUUAAAUCAAUGGCAAUCUUUGACAUGUAUGCUUCAUUCUUCUGUUCCAAACUCGCCUUAUGUUGUAACCACACAAGGCAGUAUCUCAACCUUCACAUUCCAGGAGUAUGGAGUGGAGUUGAAGCUUGAUAGGAAUGUGUAUCUGGUAGACAUAGUGAGGGAGAAGAUUGGGAGAGUGUUGAAGCUUGAUUCGAUCAACGAUGGAAAGUAUUGGUCAGGUAUGGAUACAUUGAUCUUCAACACUUGGCAUUGGUGGAGCCGGAGAGGUCCUACACAACCAUGGGACUUUAUUCAAAUAGGGACAAACGUUACAAAGGACAUGGACCGCGUUGAAGCAUUUGAAAUCGCACUUGGGACUUGGGGCAAAUGGGUCGAUACGGUCGUAGAUACUACAAAAACUAGAGUAUUUUUCCAAGGAAUUUCACCGUCUCACUACAAGGGAGCUCUAUGGGGUGAACCAACGGCUAGGAGUUGCGCGGGACAGAAGGAACCACUAUUAGGGACAAAGUAUCCAGGAGGAUUGCCAGCAGAAGUUGGAGUUUUGAAGAGAGCCCUCGGGAAAAUAUCCAAACCGGUGACGUUGCUAGACAUUACUCUGCUCUCAUUGCUUCGCAAAGAUGGUCAUCCUUCGGUUUACGGUCUAGGCGGCCGAACCUCUAAUGAUUGCAGCCACUGGUGUCUCUCUGGUGUACCGGAUACUUGGAAUGAGAUUCUUUACAAUUAUAUGGUUAAGUAG